UUGAUACCAUUUUUGUUUUGGUUUUUUAAAAUGCAUACACCUUGCGCAGCGCAGCCACAAAGCCGCAGCUAUUAAUUAAACAGUGUUCCAGUUCCCGUUCGAGUAGGACAGGAAUGGGCUACACAGUACUAUCGCGAUUGCGCACCCUGGCACGGUAUACAAUCGCCUACGCUUGUAUAACCCACUGUACUUUUGAGUAUGUGGGUGACUUUGUUUUGUGCAAUGGUCCGUCCAUGGAGCCAACGCUCUUUUCGGACAAUGUCCUGCUGACGGAACGCCUAUCGAAAUACUGGCGCAAAUAUAAGUCGGGCGAUAUAAUUAUUGCCGUUUCGCCUGUUAAUGCCAGCCAGUAUAUUUGCAAGCGUAUUGUGGCUGUAUCCGGCGAGAAGAUAACGACACUUAAGCCGCAUCCAAUUGAAGCCGAAUCACAAGCGUCAAAGCAGCCAAGUAAAAUGUCUAUGGUCACGGACUAUGUGCCGCACGGAUGCGUUUGGAUCGAGGGUGAUAAUAAGGGCAACAGUUCCGAUUCACGCUAUUAUGGGCCCAUACCUCUCGGUCUCAUACGCAGUAGGGUCAUCUGUCGCAUUUGGCCGCUCUCAGAGAUAGCGGGCCUAUAAUAGUUACACAUUUCUAGUUGUAAACCUCAUUUUAAUUGUAAAUUGAUGACAGCCAAAUAGAAUAUUUCUUUUAAAAUCGAUAAA